CCUGGCUACGUGGCCGUCGACCUAUCCAUUUGUCGGCUUCCCCUGCGACACUCAGCAAACGAUCGAGAUUCCGACUCAGCGUCGAGCAGCUCGCGUUCCAAGCCAUUGCUUGACACCAUGUAUUCCUCCUCACCAGGCGCCCGCAAGUCCAUGGACACUAUAUCGUCCAUGUCCCCUCCGGCCACGCGCACCGAGUUUCCGUUCCACAAGUUGGUUACCUUGCCCAACCCCUUGUUGGCCACGAUUGCGCUAACAGCAGCAAGACAAGGACAGGCUCACACUUACUAUACCGCGAGAAGAGGCUCAACUGCGAGCUCUAUACACUCAAUCGGGGGGUCUCUCGACACUUCAUCCACAAGCUGGACAAACGCAGUGCUGGAAUCUGGUCAAAACGCCAUUUCAACCUUGCUGCAGCCGCCCAUCGUUCGGACGGGUCUACAGCCUCAUACCUCUGCGCCUGCGUCUAGCGCGCAUAAACCUCCUACCUUUCGCGAUAUUCCCCCCGUUACUCUGACAAACAUUCCGCACAUCGAUCCGGCCGAGUUUAAGCCGUACCUGUCGCAAGUUGGCGCCCUCUACGAACAGCUUCGGCGAGUCAAAGAGCAAGAUGAUGACCGGCCUGGCUCUUCAGGCCGUCGAUCGAGCAAACACGACGAGUUUGGGGACUCCAUCGACGAGAGCCAUCUUAAGCCCGCGGGUCGGCAGCCUGCGAGGCGGAAAUCUUCCAUUGCAUCAAUAACGUCGAUCUCCUCUCUCGAAGGUCCAGGACUUUUGCGACGAUCUAGUUCAGGCUAUAGCAGAAAGGGCGCACAUGGUCCGCCUCCGUUAUCAACGAUACCCAAUGUAUACUUUGAUGACGGCUUCCAUUUGGAAAACCCGAGGACCUUCGAUGUUGUCAGUGAACGAUCAGAGGUUGUGCCACCCGCACCAGGAAGCGUAGACAAUAAAAAUGACGGCAACGGCAAUAUUGUGGCUCCGCGGAAGGCGCUGGCUACCAACGCCAUUCUACAGGAGAAACUCUCCUGGUACAUGGAUACCAUCGAGGUUCAUUUGAUUAAUUCUAUAUCAACAGCGUCGACGACCUUUUUCACUGCACUUGGCUCUUUGCGGGAACUACAUUCGGAGGCCGCGGAGUCGGUAGAUCGGAUCAAGGCACUUCGGAAGGAACUCGAAGCGCUGGACGAGGAGAUCGCCACCAAAGGGUUGAACAUUGUUCAGAAGCGCCGGAGGAGAGAAAACGUGCAGGCUCUCAAUGACGCGGUUCUUCAACUGAAACAUAUCGUUGAGGGUGUUGCAUCGUGCGAGGCGCUAGUGAAUGCUGGCGAGGUCGACAAGGCUUUGAUUAAUAUUGACACACUCGACCUGCUGAUAGCUGGUGAGCAUGACGAGUCGCCCGAGGCUGAACCUGCAAUACUUCCACUGGCACGGAUGAGGGAUCUGAGAGGAGCAACGGCUCUGCAAAGCGUCAACGACGACCUGCAACAGCUACGGAUCCGAAUCGGAAAAGCCUACGAGUCCAAGUUCCAGAGCUUGUUGCUGGCUGAUCUGCGGAGGCAUGUCGAGUCCGUCCAGAGCCGGGAAGUUCUCCUCCGUUGGGGCAGCUCAUCACUGCGGGCAAGGGGAGGCGCGUCCAGAGAGUCUGCCGGCCCUCCGGCUUAUCUUGCCUCAACACAAGAGCUGCGCAAAGCAAUCAUGCCAAAUCUUCAUGGUCUGCACAGGGCUCACCACAUAUCCGCUGCAAUUGCAGCUUAUCGGGAAGUUGUUCUACGUGAGAUCAAAAACCUCAUCAGGAGACCGCUGCCCAGCUCCAAUGAUGAAGACAAUGAGUCGAUGAUGUCUGCCUCGACCAUGAGCGGCGGAAAACAUCUCUCGAAUCAGGAGAAGUCGUCAAUUUUGUCAAGGAACCUCAGAGCACUGGACCCCAAGGAUGCCGAGGACUUACUGAAAACGAUAUACAUUGGCGUAACCGAAACCCUUCGCCGGUUAACUACCCAGGUCAAGGUGCUUCUCGAUAUUGCAAGUUGUCUUACGGAGGAAGCAACCGCUGCCGGUCUGAAGUCGCCGCCUAUUCGCUCCCCGCUCGCUAGUCCAACGCCGUUCGACCGGGAGUUUCCUCGAUUCGAUGAGUCUCCCAGCUUCGAGGUCCAAGAAGAGAUUCACAAGGCAAUGGACAUUGGCAAUAUGGUUGGACAAGCCGUUGAUGUUGCGCAAGAUAAGAUUGUCAGGGUGUUGAAAGUUCGAUCGGAGCAGAGCACCCACCUGAGCCUGUCCUGGUUUCUUCGCUAUUUCACCCUCAACCUGUUCUUCGCCAACGAAUGUGAAGCGAUUGCAGGACGCAGCGGCACGGCACUCAAGACCUUGGUCAAUGGUCAUAUCAAGGAAUUCGUGCAGCAACACGGCGACGCCGAGAAACAGAAGCUUGCUCAAGGCAUGGAAUCCGAUCAGUGGAGCGCAAAGGAUUUUGACGAGAAGAACAAAGCUCUCCUGGAUCAAAUCCUUGAAAGCAGUACCAAGGAUGCUGCGGCAUGGUCUGAGGGAACGAAGAUCUGGGAGGAGAAUCCUGACGACGUUGUGUCGAAUGGAAGCGCAGCGCCGCCUCCCGAGACGAACGGCACCAGUGGGAAAGAAAAGGCGCGUGUUGCAGAGAUUGAGAGCGAAACAUUCUUGCUCCCCAACUCUGCCAUACUGGGUCUCGAGGGUGUCUCGCACUUCAUGCACCUCAUCGGCAGCAUUCCGUCCAUGGCCAGCGACGUCGCCAGUUCCCUGAUUACCUAUCUGCAGCUUUUCAACUCCCGCUGUACCCAACUCAUCCUCGGUGCAGGCGCUACUCGAUCUGCCGGUCUCAAGAACAUCACGACCAGGCACUUGGCAUUGGCGUCCCAGGCUCUGUCGUUCAUUGCGACCUUGAUACCCCACAUUCGGGAGUUUGUGCGGCGGCACGCCGGCUCUGGAGCCGGUGUUUCUAGUUUGAUGGGAGAAUUCGACAAGGUUAGGCGCCUGUUCCAAGAACAUCAGAAUAGUAUAUACGACAAGCUGGUUGAGAUCAUGAGCGGUCGCGCGUCGCAGCAUUCAAAAGCUAUGAGGACGAUUGACUGGGAUCACGACGGAAGCCAGUCGACGCAUCCGUACAUGGAGACAUUGGCAAAGGAAACCACGACUCUGCACCGCGUGUUGACCAAGCACCUACCCGAAACCUCGGUACAAGUAAUCAUGGGACCAGUCUUUGCAAGCUACAAGGAUCAGUUUGGCAAGGUCUUUCAGAUUGCGGACCCGAAGACGGUCAUUGGUCGCGAUAGCAUGCUUCGAGACGUGGAUUUCUUCACAACAAAGCUGGGCAAGCUUGACGGGUUCGGGGAUGCGGGCGACUACUUGAAGAGCGUCAUCAAUGCCAAGGAAAUCAAGAGCGCCGUCGCGUCUCCGCCGUCCGAGACGCAGGCGGCGGACGGAGGAUCGGAGACGACUGCGUCGGCCAGGAACUCGACUGCCGAGCCGGAGAGCAGGCAGAGCGCCGAGGCGUCGGGCAAGACGGAGUCGCCGCCCCCCGGGGUUGACGAGGAGACUAAGCAGGCACCAUAA